UGAAUCGAUCGCACUAGGUGCACGUUUGGUAUUCUUAUGUCAGUAUGUGCGAUUAGCUGCAUGUCGCAGAUUUCAGAGCUUCUUGAGUAAAAUGGACGAACAAUACACAUUUCGGCGUGUAAUAGGACAGCAGAUGGUACCAUGUGUAUGCAAAACCGAUGCGAUUUUCGAAGCUGUCAAAUUAUCAACCUUUGCACCACAAAAUCUAUCCAAGAUCUUGUCCAAAGAAGUUCUCAAAUUCAGAAUUGGAAAAAUAACCGAAUCUGAAGUACAGUGGGAAGGCUUGUGUAGCAUUCAUGAAGUUUCGAUUAAUGACAUUUUAGUAUGGAAUCAAAUCAAGGAUUGUAAGACAACUAAGGGAACAGAGAAAAAAAUACAACAAACCAUAGGAGCCUGUUGCAAUAAACAUUACUGGUGUUAUGCUGACUACAUGUAUAUGAAAGAUCUUUUUCAAAAUCAUCCAGAAAUUUUACCUUUGUUAGAUUGGAACAGUUUAGGAUUCCACAAUAAAGAUGGCGGAGAUAGCACUAUGUGGCUUGGCACUACUGGAGCUCACACACUUUGUCACUAUGACACAUAUGGAUUCAAUAUGGUUGUUCAGAUUUCUGGAAGAAAGAAAUGGAUUCUGUUUCCACCGUCUGACAGUGAUUGCUUAUAUCCAACCAGAAUUCCUUAUGAGGAAUCCAGUGUUUUUAGUGAAGUCAACAUUAAGCAACCGGAUUUUAAGAAGCAUCCAAAGUUCUCAUCGGCACAUGCACAUGUUGUCAUCCUGAAUCCAGGUGAUAUGUUGUAUGUUCCACAUCACUGGUGGCAUUAUGUUGAAAACCUAGAGCUCAGCGUAAGCAUCAAUCUAUGGUAUGAGAUGGAAAAUGAUGCUACCAACAGAUUGCAAGAAUCCAUAACUCGUCUUCUUGUUGGUAGCUGCUCACACGUUGCUCCCACAACUGACUUCCCGUGGAUUAAUCCUAAUGAGAGCGAUUCAGCAGUCAAAUCUAUCGAUGACGGUUUACAAUAUUUACUACAAAGUUUAAAUGAAGUUUCAAAGUCGAGAAAGUACAAUGAACAUAUCAAUGAUGAGAACAACGGUUCUUGUCCAUCAGAUUCUAUUGAAGAUGCUGUUACAGUCAUAUUUCCAAACAGAGGGAAUGCAAUAACGAUUCGCCCAUUAAUACCACAGAAUGUUAUAAUUGCUCUGGACAUUAACCCUUCUAUUAGACGGAAAAAGUCACCCGUGAAAAAGAUGAAGACCCUCUCUAUGUUGAACAGUAGGAAAAAUUCUUCGGAUUUUGAUGUAUUAUCAUACACACAGUUUGUUAAAUGUCUGACGCAUCCAGAUGUUAUUGAUGCAGUAUCAAAAGUGAUGCUAAAACAGUUUUCCAAUACCUCUAAUGAGGUUUACAAUGCUGCAAAUGAGGCGAUUGCAUCUCCUGCUCUACCAAAUGACGAAUUGGACACAUCCAAUUCAAAUGACGAUCAUGUUCUUAUUGAAAUACGUGAAGUAGAAGAAGAAAUUCAGACUACUCCAUUAACUGAUGAAAACAAUGAGAAUUUACAAUAUACAAUCCUAGAAGGUGGCUCCAUAAGACGAGGUAACAAACUGUACGACAGUGAAGGAUAUUCGUAUUCCGAAGGCAGGAAGAAUUCAAACGGUAUGUAUUGGAGAUGCGUUACAAGACAAACAGGACGACAAUCAUGUAAUGCCGCUGUCACACAAUAUAGCAAUAAUCGAUUUGUACGCAACUCGAGACCACACACUCAUGAACCUAAACUAGGUGUUGCCGAUCACACACGACUUAUGAGAGAAGCUCGAUUGUUUGCUUUGGAAAAUCCAUCCAUGAGUCCCAGAGAAGUAGCAAUUCAUAAACUUCAAGAAGUUUCAUCGUCUUUAUCACCAUACAAGCUCCCGUCAGUGGAAACCAUGAGGUCAUAUAUAGCGAGGCACCGAAGACAUAAUUCACUGGGUGAUCCCAUAAAACGCAAGCGGAAAAAGCAUGAAAUUUUGUCAGAAUAAGUCUCAGUAAAAGACGAUUGCCAAGACUACGGAUAUGAGUAUUAUUUUUUUGUACAAUUUUUAUCAUGCUUUCAAUAAAAAUGUUUGUAAAGAAAACUGGGCAUCAGUAUACCGUUGCCGAAAGAGUA